AUGGAUAGAAUCAUCAAGAUUACAAGGAUGAGACAUAUAGAAGAGUACCUGCAGAAAUUUAUUGAUUAACAAGAAGUAAACAAGCAAGCAGUUAAGAGACAAUUAGCAGAAUUAGUUUAUAUUUAAGUCAUAAACAGACUAAAUAAUGAAUACUAAGGUCUUCCUUCUGCAUUUUUUGAAAACAAAUUGAAAUGGACUAAUCUCCUAAUGAAAACCAAAAACGUUCAAGGAAUAUUUGAGGAAUUCACACUCAAAAUAUCUCAGAUUUUAGAAAACGAAAUCAAGAAUAACAGGUCGCUGAUUGAUCAAUACAUAAGUCAUCCAAGACCAAAUAUCAUCAAAGGCUAUAAAAAGUUAACUGAAGCUAAAUCACAGUCACCAUUUAAGCCUAAAAACACUGGUCAUUAUGCAAGUCCUUUAAAUUUUGGCAGGAAAAUAGGAGGAAUGAAUUAAAAUAGAGGAGGUCAAGAAAUCUACUCUGGAAGAAGAAAUAUGGGAUCAAUAGAUUAUAAAAGAUCUUAUGAAGCUCAUGGCUAAACCAGAAGAUCUAAAGGAGGAUCUAGAAGAAUGUCUUCUGGUGAUGUAGAGUUAUCAUAUUUUGCAAUGGAAAUGAAAAAAAUCUAAGAGAAAAUUAAAAAUAUUGAUGGACUUGUUUCUAAUUUUGAAAAUAACACUGAUGAAAUGGCUGUAGAUCUGAUGGAAUUUGAAAAAGAAGUUGAAAAAAUGGAUCAUCAGAAGGCAGUUGACUAGCCAGGUGAAGCUAUGCAAGAAAUGCUCGAGAAAUGGGAUGGAGAAGAAGUUUAAAAUGAAGAAGAAAUUCAAAAAUAUGCAGGCGAACUGUGGGUUAGUCUUGAGGAGUAUGAAAAGUAAUUGAAAGAGGAGAUCAAAGGUCACUAAUUACAUUACAAUAAACUUGAGACUUUACUAAAUUGUAGAAUUAGAAGUUACAAGCUAAAGACAUGCUUCAGAAUUGAUGCACUAGAACUUGCACUGUCAGAAUAUAAGCAAAAUGCCAUGAAGACUUAGGAGUAAUACCAAAUGAUGCUCAGUGAUGCAGAAUCUAGAUUGCUGAGACUCUAAGUAGACUAAGCAAAUAUUAAGAAAUUAGUUUAUGGCUAGACCAGUGCUAAGAAUUUCACUGAAGCAUUGGUUGAGAUCAAUGAGCUAAAAAAGGCAUUAACCAGUGUUCAUCUUGAUAAUAAUACCUAUCAGCAGUAGUUCAUCAGGGAUAUAGAAUUAUAUAAUAGCAAAAACGGUUAUACUCCUGAAUAAGAAGAAAAAUUUAAAUAAAUUGAGGCAAUUAAGCAUGAUCCAUUUAAGCAAGGUGAUAUCCCUCAGCUUUUUGAAGACAUUCAUUUCGUAGAAAAUAUGAGAGAGCAUGCAAGAAACUAUAAUAGAAUGAAAGAUGCAACUAAGAAAGUUUUCAACUAGCUGAAUAGAUUUGGAAUUGUCCACAAUAAGCGGUAUAUAAUUGAUGAGAGAAAAACGAAAAAUGCAAAAUCAUCAAACAUGACUCAACUCUUACUAUCUGAAACAGAUAAAAAUGUCCUCUAUGAUAUGUUUGAAGGCAUUCAAGACCUAAUUGGAAAUUUGAUAGAAUUAUCAGUAAAUAACAAGUUGGAACUCUAAAGAAUUCAAAACAUAGUUGCAGUUGAAAAGCUUAUCGUUUAAAAUAAAGAAAAAUUAAAUUAGCAGAAUAGCCUCAUUAAUAACUCUCGUAAUUAAAGACAAAAGUCAUUGAUACCAAAUUCUGCACAAUCAAAAACACUAUAGCCUUAGAAACAGUCUCUAAACAUUAAUUAAUCAAAAGUUACAAGAAAUUAAAAUGUAAGGCAAAGCAAAAAUAUAAAGACUGCUAAGACCAAUGAAACAGUUAAUGAUACUGAAGAGGAUGAAGAUGAAGAUGACGAAGACCAGGAUAAACCUGUUGUAAAGCAGAUAAAAGAAGAAUUCGAAAAGCUAAUUGAGAAGAAAUAUCAGAAUCUUAUACCAGAUUCCUCUUUAAAAUAAUCAAGAGGGACAGAUACUUCAUCUGCAGAGAGAUCUUCAAAGCUUAAACCAGAAUAGAUCCUAGAAAUCAAGCAAGAAAUCUCCAUUAGUUUAGGCGGAACUCAAUAAACUUAAGUUAAACUUGAUAAUUUUAAGGAAAAGGGAGUGGAGCAACUUGUAGAGGACUACAAUCUACUUAUUAAAGAAGAAUUUAUGUCUAGUUAGAAUAAAGGGGAAAAAUAAUAAAAGUUUAAUAUACCUUUGGGGGAUUGUAUCAAGAUCGAGUAUACUAAAGAUGGAGAAAUGAUAGGAUUCAGUCUUAGACCUAAGAUAGCUAAUCUGAUGUUUAAUAAGAAAGACGCAGUUAGCUUGAAGAAUCUUUCUCAACUGUUAAAAAUCAAUACAUAUCUAAACAGGCUAAUGACUUAAGGGCCUGGUUUGGAAGUUAAGCAUGAACCCAAAUCAGGAGCCUUGGUUUUUAGUGAUACAUCAAAUGAGAUAUCUUAGUCUUCAUUAGCAAGAUCUACUAAGAAUAAAUCUAUUUAAAAUAAAAUAAACAUACAAGAUGGAUAACUUAUAAAUGAGUAGGAUCAAGGCAAGGAUAAAGACAACUAUGACGAUCAAUUAAAAAUAUAACUAUCUGAAAUUCUUUCAAGGAAUAAUCACAAUUAAAAAUAGAAAAUACUUGAGUAACUUUAACAUAUGGAAUAUGAGCAGAUUUUGAAUCAUAAACUCCAGGGUAUCAAGAUAAAAGGGAAGAUGGAUAAUUGCCAAUUCUGGGAGUACAUCAUUAAGAUAGUUGAUAGCUACAAUCAAAUAAUAAAAGAUUUCCCACCUGCUUAGAGAAAAAACAUCGAUGUUUAAGUAUUAUCAUUGGAGAUUAAGGAUCUAAUGAAAGAGCAACAAACAUCCAAGAAGAGACUGAGCAAGUAAAAUGGAAUUAUGACUAAAGAAAGUCUUGAUUCCCACUCAAAUCCAUUGCUUAAUGAAUCAAAUUCAUAUAAAUAUGGAUCGCUUAAUAACUAUGAAAAGUACUUGCAAAAUAUUUUGCAGGAUGAAGUAACCAGGACUAUCCAUGUACUUGGUGAUUAUGUAGAUUAGGCUAAGAAUGGCAUCAAAACACUCAAACUCAAUAAUGAGAUUGAGUUAUUCAGUGAGCUGUAUAAGACUAAGAUUAAAUAAAAGCCAGUAGUUCAUUUAAAGCAACUGUAAUUAUUAUCAGAAAAGUUCAAACCUAUUAAUAGAAAUAAUUUUGCAGUAGAUCAAAAUACCCCAACUAGAAACCUCCCUAGAAUAGUAAACAAGACAUUUACUUAGUCAAGUUAAUUCUCUAUUGAUUCUGUAAGUCAAUUUCAAUCGGUAGAUGCCUAAAUAAGACCAAAGCUGCCAGCAAAUUUCCUGUCUAAAAGAAUUUCAAUCAAGAACGAUGAUAAAAAUUAGAAUAUUAGACUUAGAAAUACCGGCAAUAUAGAAAAUAAUAAAGUACAUAAUCCAUUCGGUAGAACUUGGAGAAGUGGGUUUAACAAUCAAUCCUUACUAGAUCAAUCUAACCAAGACCUUAAUAUGCCAUCCUAAGAUGAUAGCUAAAAUGCUCAGAGUACCUAGAAGUCAUCAGUUGUAUAGGAUCACAAAAUACCUGAGAACUUAAUCACUUAAGCACUCAAGAAUAAGGAUCUCAAAUUCCAAAAUAAUGAUAUUGAAAAACUCUGGAAUAAAACUACGACUUACAUUAGCAAGAUGACUCCGUAAUUUAAAAGAAAUAGAAGCAAGAGUACAAUUGCUAUAUAACAAGAAGAUAAAACUACCAAGACUAAUUUUUCGAAUAUGUAAUACGAAUCAACUAGCUUCGUUGAUCAAGAUGUUAGGAUAGAGACCUAAACUUAAUUUGAAGACUCUAAGAGUAUGUUCAGUCUAUAACAAAGAUACUGA